CUUCCAACUAUGGCACAUUGCAAGAAAGCAUAAAUUCUCUUAAAGCAGAGGUGGAAGAUCACAGGCAGGAACUGCAAGCAGGCCAUAGCUUGAAGGAUAAAGUGAAUUCUCUGGAGGAAACUCUGCAGAAAAAGGAGCAGGAGUUCAAAGCAGGUCAGAUGGCUGUUCCCCUGCACUUCGGCGUGGUAUUUGUGGGAGCACAUGUUUUCUGGACUGUGUCCUGUGCAAGGUGCAUGAGGGGUAGGAGCUCACUGAGCAAGGCCACACAUAGAGCAUGGUUCCCACUCACAUCUGUUUCUGUCCCAGAUCAAUCUCAAAUGCUCAUGCAAGUCCAGAAGCUGAUAAAAGACCUGCUGUCCCUGUCUUGCCAGCUGGUUGAGCUCAAGAGCAAUGGUUCUAAGACCUGCUGCCCUCGUAACUGGAUGGAGCAUGAGGGCAGCUGCUACUGGUUUUCUCAAUCAGGGAAGUCCUGGCUUGAGGCUAACAAGUCCUGCCAGAUGGAGAAUGCCCACCUGGUGAUAGUGAACUCCUUGGAGGAGCAGAGAUUUAUUGAGGGCAACACGAGACAGAGGAACAUCUGGAUAGGCCUAACUGACAAAAGAACUGGAGUCCAGAGCAGCCAGAUGACUGGUAUGGGCAUGGGCUGGGAGGAGGCGAGGACUGUGCCCACUUCACCAGUGAUGGUAGAUGGAAUGAUGACGCCUGCGUGAGGCCCUACCACUGGGUCUGUGAGAUAGAGCUUGAGAUGAGCAACUGCUUCACCUUUGGUGUGAAGAAUUCCAAGGGGACCACUCAAAGGACUUAACCCAUCUGACCAUGACCAGGUCAUCGAGAUUGUCCCGGGCACUGAGUACAGACUGGGGGGCCCAAAUACUCUCUGUUAGGUAUUAAAUAUCUUGGAGCUGCAUCAAGAAAGCAAUUUGAGUGCCAUGGUCACAUUUGGCUUCUGAAGAGUAGAGCUGCUGAAGUAAACAUUUAUAGUUCAAAAAUGAUUCUUGUCCUUGCGCCUCAUUCUCAAGGUUAAAACAAUGAUGACACUUGAAUACAUGGUGUGAAGUAGAUGAAACAGCAAAUUCUGUAGAAGGCAGAAACAGCUGGCAACUGUGGCAAAAGUAAAUCUUAUAAAACUUUAGUGGGUCUUGAGGGACUUAAAUAGUAGAAAGAAAAAAGUGAAGGAACAAAGGAGGGGAGGGAGGGAAGGGAGAGGAAAGGAAGGAAAGGGGGAAGUACGUUCUUAAAAAGAUAUAUAAACAUGUAAUUUUCUCACCAUCUCUAAAUAAUAUUGGGUUUAAGAGGAAAUCGAAAUGCACAGUCAUGUGAUUUAGAAAUGAACAAUGUGAGCACUACAUAUUGACACUGUAGAUGCUCUAAAGCAGUUCAGAGGAAGAUAUGCAUGUGGCACAUUUAUUAAAUAUAGAGAAAGUGCCAGGCAUAAUGGGGUAUGCCUGUAAUCUUACCCACUCAGGAGGCUGAGGUAGGAGGAUCACAAGUUUAAGGCCGGCCUGAGCAACUCAGAAAGAUUCUGUCUAAAAAUUUAAAAAAA